GUCGAUUUUUAACUGUAUUAUUCAUCAAGGUUAAAGGCAUUCGUAACCGAGGAAACGGUUGUAACCGGGAUUUCGCAGUUGAAAAUAGGAUUAGAACGUAACAAACAUUUGAAAGUACAGGUUGUGUCUAUUCGCUAUGUGCUCAACAACUCCCAAGAACUUCUCGUGGCUGGAGGAUGGAAAAAUUGCUGCCCUGGCUUUCCCUGAUAAGCGGGAGGAUUUAGAAUUUCUCGCGAAUCACGGCAUCCGCUAUCUGGUUACUUUGACCAAAGAAUUAAAACCCAACACGGAAGAAGUACCAGCAUUAAUCGUAGUUAAUAUUUGUGUGGAUGAUUACUGUACUUUCACUAUGGAGCAAGUGCAGCAGUUCAUUGGAAUUUGUGAAAAAGCUUUGGAAGAAAAUCAGGGGGUUGCUGUACAUUGCCGUGCUGGAAUCGGAAGGACAGGAACCCUUCUUGCCUGCUACCUAGUACGGUUUAAACAUUUAAACCCUGAAGAGGCUAUUUUGCAUGUUAGAACUGCACGGCCGCACUCGAUUGAAACCGUAGAUCAAGAGAAAACUGUAGCCGAAUAUUACGAAUUUUUGCACCGGACGCCAAGUGUUGAAGCGGCUGCGAAAUAACCUUGCCUUUCCGCACCAUCGAUUAAUCAUCAUUUUUACUAGAUUGUUUAAAAAUACGUGUUUUGCCUGAUUGCCAAUUUUGAAGGGAUGCCAUAUUUUAAUAUCCGAUACCGCCCGGUGAAUUUUUAUGAUUUCAGUAUCAACUCUGAUACACGAAGCUUAUCGACCUUUCAUAAAGGCCGAGGCUUGUUGUUGGACAACAAUGUUAAGGAAGCUUUUUAUUUGUUUGUUUGUUAGUUUUCUUACGUAACCUGAAA